GGGUCUCGGAAAAUGGCGUCAGCUAAGUUUCUCGAGGAAGCUCUGAGUACAGAUGUUGAUGAAUCGGCCGUAAGUGCGAUUGUCGGCUCAUUAGAGAAUCAACUCGUCACAUCAACACCUCCAGCGUCAUCUCAAACUGGCUCAGCUAUCGUGAUUAAUCAAAACCACGUAAACAGUGCAAUAUCCAACGGCGGGACAGUUGCCCCACAGAAACAUGGGACUAUAGCCAACGGUGACUCGAUAAGUGGUGUAAAUACUAUAAACGCGAACGAUGCAAAUAAACAAGUGUCGAACAAUGCUAACGCGAUGAUAAUUGGAAGUAAUGCAGGGGGGCCAGUGACAACUUCCUACGUGAACCAAAGUGUUACUGUCGAUUCAAACGCCAAUAAGCCUUCUGAUAGUGUUAAAAUAGUUUAUUCACAGGGCCAAGGAAACUCAGUCAUGGCUAGUUCGGGAACUAUUUUACAGAAUAGAGUUACAUUGCCAAAUGGUACCAUAGGUAUACCUCCACAGACAGUGCUACAAACGAAUCCAACAAAUGUGCAAACUAUACAAAAUAAACAACCUACUUUAGUUCUGAAAACCAGUGGCGCGCCGGGAGCUCCUGGACUAGUGACUGUACCUAUGAAUGUGGCCUCAUCAAUGGGGCAGGCUAAUAAUGUAGGUAGCCCUAGCAUUCAAUCCCCCAAUAUCCUAUCCAACCUCCAGGUAGUCAAUGUGCGCCCUGGAGUUCCUACUCAGCAGCAGAAAGGACAACCAGCUCGUGUAGUGCUAAGUGCACCUCAGUUAGUCGGGGCCCGUCCAGGGACUCCACAAUUAACCUUACAAAGUUUUCACGGUUUACAACCCGGCCAGCAGGGUGCGUUGCUGCUCAAGACUGAAAAUGGACAGUACCAGCUACUGAGGGUGGGACCUGCUCCUCCAACGGGUAUUAAUUCUUCACAAGCUGGAGGGCAACAGGUUACCUUCCGAAUGCAGACUGUUCAAUCAAGUACUACAGCUACGAAUCCUAUACAAACUGGUGCAACCACAACAGUAACGUCGACACCUCAACCUGUUGUUCAGCAGGGACAAGUGCAAGUACAGGUUCAGAGACCUGCUAAUGAUAAUACCAAAGAAAAAUGUAGAAAAUUUUUGGCAAACCUUUUAGAACUUUCAAGUAGAGAACCAAAAUCAGUUGAGAGAAAUGUCCGGCAACUGAUUCAAGAACUCAUAGACAACAAAGUGGAACCUGAAGAUUUUUGUGACAAGCUCGAAAGAUUAUUGAAUGCAUCUCCCCAACCGUGCCUAAUUGGAUUUCUUAAGAAAAGUCUCCCUCUUCUUCGGCACUCACUAGCUACACAGGAGCUUAGUAUAGAUGGAAUUCGACCUCCGCCAUCGAAUGUAGUUUACUCGAUAGCGGGGGCCACCCCAACAGUGCAGACCAUCAGACCAGCCGGUUUACAGCCUAAUCAUGUAAGGAUAGUCGCACCUGGUACCACUGUAGUUCGACCUGGCCAAGUUAUUCAACAACGUGUCGUAACUCCUCUUAGAACACCUGUACAGCAGACAAGGAUGGUAACAUCCAUACGACAACCAACAAUACCUAAUAAUGUUAUAGUCUCAACGUCUCAACCUCCAGCUCUUCAUCCUGUUUAUCCAAAUGGACAGCAGGUUAGGAGUACAUUGAUACGACAACCUGUUCAAGUAAGAACCUUAGCUUCAGGUCAAAUCAGACAGCAAGUACCAGUUCGAACGGCAUUCCCUGCCCAAAAACAAAUCGGUACAAUAAAGCAACAGGGGUCAAAACCAACAGUGCCUUCCACAUUAAAACCAUUAGCCAAAGACAAAGAAAAGAAGACAUUUUCUUCUGCUUAUACUGGAGAUGACGACAUUAACGAUGUUGCAGCUAUGGGUGGUGUUAAUCUCGCUGAAGAAACGCAAAAAAUUCUUGGGUCAACGGAAUUCGUGGGAACUCAAAUUAGGUCAUGUAAAGAAGAAGUUAUGUGUUCAAUGCCGCCAUUACAGCAUAGGAUUCGACAAGCAAUGGCAAGGCAUGGAUUAGAAGAGCCUAGUACGGAUGUUGCGGCAUGUAUAUCACAUGCAGCACAAGAAAGGCUAAGAGAUCUCAUAGAAAAAUUAUCAGUUAUAACUGAACAUAGAUUGGAUAAUAUCAAGACAAAUCAACGAUAUGAAGUAACAAAUGACAUUAAAGGUCAGUUAAAGUUUUUAGAAGAUUUGGACAAAGCAGAAAGGAAACGACACGAAGAAAUGGAGCGGGAGGUAUUAUUAAGGGCGGCGAAGAGUCGAUCACGAACUGAGGAUCCCGAACAGGCUAAAUUGAAAGCUAAAGCCAAAGAAAUGCAAAGAGUAGAAAUGGAAGAAUUGAGGCAGCGAGAAGCGAAUGCCACUGCCUUACAGGCUAUUGGACCUAGAAAAAAGCCUAGAUUAGAUGGAGAAAUAACUAAUUCAAAUCAGUCAAACUCCAGUGGUGUAGGAAGUGGCACCCGAGGUCAGCUCCCAUUGCGACAGCGCAUGAAGAAAGUAACGUUGCGCGACGUCCAGUUCCUGUUUGAGACAGAAAAAGACCUCUGCAAGAGUAAGAUCUUGUAUAAGUCGUACCUUAAGUGAUGCUCGCUUUUUCUCGUCAGUGUUGUGAUAUGUAUAUAUAUCUUAGGACCUUAUUAAUAGGCCAAACUCUCUCUUUUCGAAUUCAGACAUUUAUUGAUCGGGGGAGCGUACGAUGAUGAUCUUUUUGUAGUUGUUUUUUGUUUUAUAUUAAUAAAGGUAAAGCGGAAGAAUAUGCAGCUUCUUUAAGCAAGUGAUAUUAGGUGAUAUGUUAACCUUUUUGAUAACAUUAUAUGCUAGAAUCUGAGAUAAAUGUUAAAAAAAUACACUUGUGUCAUUUUUAUUUUAACAUCCAUUACUGACUGUUGUUUUAGAUGUUUUUUUUUAUGUAAGAUAAUUUGAAACAUGGACAUUUUUAUAAUUAUUUUGUUAAUUGAUAGCAGGAAUGGUGUUAAAUAAUUUUGUUCUACCACUAAUUAUCUAAAUAUUCAAUAAUCUUCAAAUACUAGAAAUGUAGACAAUAUCACAGACUAUGGAAAAAAAAUGGAAAACCAAUAUACAAUAUUGAAAAUAACCAUGGCUUAGGAAAAUAUUUAUUUUGCAUUGGAAAUAAGUUAUUGAUGUAAAAGUAAUAUGAAAGACACAAUCAGGUACUGAAUAUUUGAAAUGACAUUGUCAAAUAUUUACUUGAAUUAUUUUCUGCUUCAAUUACUAUACAAAUAACUUUUGGGCAUGGAAAAUGUUAAUUACUCAUGUAAUUACUACUUAUUUUCAAAUAUUACAAUUAUCAAUUUAUUUUUUCAUCAAAGCUUCUUUCGAAUAGUCUUUUCAUAAUUAUGAUUUACUAAUUUUGAAUUUCCUUGUACUUUGGAUUGAAUCAAAUUUAUAUUUUUUAGUCUGUUUUUUUGCACGAGAUACUGUCUGUGCAUUGAACAUACUCCAUUUGGAGUACAUGAAAGAGAUAGUAUAGUUAUAAUACCUGAAUGAACAAAAAAUAUGUUUAAUAGGUUUAUUAAUUGUGAAGGUCUUAAUUUCUUUUUCCAUGUAUCUACAUGACAUUGUCAAAAAACCCAACAAAACUGAUUGUUUUAAUUAUUACAAAAAUUCUUUGUCCAAAAAAUGACACAAGCUGUUUUUAUUGACUACUAUCAAAAAAUUACACUGUUUCAACUAAAAAAUAAUUUGGGCCAUGAUUGUACAUUAUCAAUGUAGUUAAAUAUAGGUGAUAACAUAUUUGGAAUAGUGGAUGUUGAGGAAAUUUUUGGGAUAAACUUUGUGUUAUUGCAAAGGUUGGGAUUAUUAGUUCAUUUUUAUUAAAAAAACUUCAUCCUUCAUAUUUUUAAAAGUGAUUAUUCAUAAAAAUUAUUGUAUAAGUCUUACACAAGCUAACUAAAUAGUUUUUUAACAACUAUCUGAAAGAUAUUUAGAAAUUUUUGGUGGUCAGCUCUCUAUCAUAUGGUUUGAGACAUUAUUUUAAAGUGAAUUUCAUUAGAAUCUCACCUUUUCUCCUUGGCAUCUCAUUAAAAAUGCAAAUGUGAAAACUUCCCAAGAAAGAAAUCUUGUUUUCAUAGAAAUAUUUGACAAUUUUAAUUGUUUAUGUAUAAAAGUUACAAUUGUAAAACUAUUAUAACUGCUCACCGUUCUCUUCUAAAAUAAUAUUGAGUUGCAAAUAGGAAUGGUAAUGGACAUAUGAAAUUAGAUUGCUAACACCCAUUAUACCCUGUUCUCAUAAAUGAUUUACAGUAUUCUCAAAUUGUCACUUGUCACUCUUGAAAACAAUGUUACAAGAUAUUGUAAAAAAUAAAUUUAUUUUUAGAAUGUCAUUUGUUACGCCAUGCUUUGUCAAAGUAAUAAAUUGUCAUUUUAUGUUACAGUUAAAACCCGUUUUCAGUUAAUUCUAGUUUUGACAAGGGAAAAUUAGUUUUCACAAACCCAUUCCAUUAAAACUUGUUUCCACUAGUUAAAACUAGUGUUGACUAGUACUCUCGGCGUUAAAACUAGUUUUUUUCACAUUUUUCACUAUGAAAUACUAUUACUAGUUUUUUUUUCAUUUAAUAUAAUUUUCAGUUGAAACUAGCUUUCAUUGGGGGGUUCUACUAAUGGAAAACACUGUUUCCCGUUGAAAAAUUUAUUGUUUUAAAAUUUUAUUCUAUUAGAACACUGAAAAGACAGAAUUUUUAAAAUAAAAUUUCGUGGCAUAUUUUUUUUGGUACAAAAUUCGAUUAGAAACACAAUAUUUUUUCCAGCAGCAUCUUAAGAAACCUUGCCAUCCACCUGAACCUGUGGAGGAUUUUUCAGUAGCAAUGCUAAGGGAUAAAAUUGUAUCUGGGAUUCUAACCAAUGGCGAAUUUAGACCUAUAAUACAAUAAUAAUAAGGACUAUAAAAUUUUAUUUUAAUAAUUUCAAUUUCAAUAAUCUAUAUAGAAAAAUAAAACAAGAGCUCAAGGAUAAUAAAGACAAAGAGAAUAAAAUACUCAAAUGAUAGAAUGGACAAGUUGGAAAAUGAUGAUGAAAAUAAUAUAAAAUUAUAUCAAUAUACAAAGAAACCAAAUAGAAAACGAACUACAAAAAAUAUUAAUGAAAAAUAAUGAAGUUGGUAUUUCAAAAAUUUAUUAACGGAAGAAGAUGGUAUAAGUGACAAUGUUACAAUACUAGAAAAUGAAGAAAAACCGACGGAAGUGGAAUUUAAUGACAUAAACAAACUUAAACACAAUAAAACAGGAGGAAUAAACAAAAUAGUAAAUGAACUAAUAAAAUACGGGGGAGUUACAAUAUAUUCAAGAUGAAAGAAAGAGUAUGGGAAACAGAAGCAAUGCCUACUGGGUUGAUUAUACCAAUAAUGAAGGGAGUAAAUUACAACGUACGUAGUAAUUAUAGAGGUAUUAGUUUGAUAAAUACCAUAUACAUACUAACAAUAUUAAUAAAUGAAAUAGACAAGGAAAAUCAACAGUAGAUGCGAUACAUACUAUAAAAAAAGAGAUCGAAGAAGGCCACAAUAUUAAUAUGCAAAUGCUUUUCAUCGAGUUCAAACAAGCAUUCGACAGUCUGAAAAGGAGGACAAUUAUAAAGGUCAUGAAAAAACUACAAGUACCCCAAAAGUUUAUACGAUUGGUGGAAAUAACUAAGCUAAAUUCUAGGUCAAGGGUAAUAACAAAAAAGGGACCAUUUGAGGAUUUGAAAUAAAUGCUGGGGUAAGGGAGGGUGAUGGACUCUAAGCGAUACUGUUUAACAUUACAGUUGAAGGCAUAACAAGAGAAUGUAAUAUCGAUGGUAGUAUCAUUAAUAAAUCAAUACAAGUAAUAGCAUUUGCUGAUAAUUUAACUCUAGAAACAAGGGACCGAGUCUUGAGAGCACAUUAGAAAAAAUUGUAAGAGGGACAAGAAAAAGAAGAUUGAAAAUAAAUCAGGAAAAGACAAAAUAUAUGGAAAUUGAAAGAAGGAAGUUUACAAACAAGAAACAGUAAAGAUAAAUGACCUCAUGUUCGAAGUAGUCGACAUCUUUAAGUUCUGUUUUUCUGGUGAAGUGUAAUUGGUCUCCAUUUAGCUGUAGUGAUUUUUCUUUCCACAAAAUAUUCUUAUAUGUAGAAGUUAUAUGCCUGUGAUAGCGCAGACAAAGGCUAAUUUUCUUCAUCUUUGCUUAGUGUAGGUAUAUCUUAUAUUGUUCGGUCUCGCCCAUGUCCUCUACAUAAUUUUCCCAGUAGUUUAUCAAUUCUUUUUCUGGUGAAGGUUUAAUCCUAUUGAUCAUUUUGACAUAUAAAUUAUUGUAUAUUAUGCGUAUUCAAGACAUUCAGGUUAGACCUUACAGUUAUGCAUAGACCUAUAACCAAACUUAUAGAAAUCAAUAUAAUUAAUAAACCUACUUCUGAAACGCUCUCUGAUUAAACCAGAAGUUACAUAACUCCAAAUGUGUUUGGAUGCCGAUUGACAUCAUAACAUGUUCGCCAUUUAGAGACUAAACAAUAUUAUACGAUAUUGUUAGGGUGAUAAAAAUCUUAUUGGAACCAGAAACAUAAUUUUACGACACUCGGUUCGUCACUGGAAAAACAAUACUAAAUUUGUAAAAACUUAAACGAAAUAACUGCGUCAGUACAGCACCGCAUCAAACAAGAAACACAACUACACUGUUUCGGACAUAUUUGGAAACCUAGCGCUGCGCACAAUUUCGGGGAAUCCCCGGGUUGAAAUAAAACAGCGCUAAAUGAGAAAGUGUUAAGCGGGGUCUUACAGUACCUAAAACGAAUGAAUCUUACAUCAUACUUCUAAAUUGACAUUAAUUAAAAUUUGUUAUAGAUAGAGUGUUACAUCUUGAUAAACUGGAGGCAAAUCAACAAAUUAGUGGAUUUAGAAUUUAUUUAAGAUGGGGAUAUUCUAGUCGUUUAGUUACCUAAAAAUAUAAACUAAAAAGAAGUAAUAUUGUAGUUAGUAGACAUUUAUUUAAUUUUGGUGCUGAACAUUGCAAUUUUAGCUUAUAAAUACAAUUUUAGCGUUUAUUGUAAAUAAUGUAUAAUAUAAAUUUAUUGUAGGACACAAGAAGUAUUAUUUUGUAGAUAUUAAAAAUUACAAAUUUAUGUUAAAUUUGUGGAAGAAGAAAAUGAUGACACAUUUAAUAUUAGAAAUCAGCAAUUUAAUUUAUUGAAAGAACUUCCAAGAAGUAAAACAUAUCCCUUCACUGUAAUAAAUUGAAACACAUUAACAAGAUUUUUGUUUAAUUAGUGUGAAAAACUAGAAUACUUCAACAUUGUAGAUGACAUUAUACAUUAAUUUUUGAUUCUUGAUUUAGGAAACGCUCUGUAUGAUCUAGUCGUGUUCGAUGAUUUGUUCAAAAAUAGUUUUUUUUUAAUUGGACGUGAAUUAACAAACUGCAAUUGAUUCCGGAAUAUCAGAAUGUAAAUAUACAGUAUGUUUAGAAAAUAGUUGCCAUCUCUUUUGAAACGAUUUAUGGAACGCUCAGUAUGAUCUAGUCAUGUGAAAAAAAGAUAAUUUGUUCUAAAAUAAUAAUUUUAUCGAACAUUGGACGCGAAGUAACAUAAACUGCAAUUGAUUCCGGAAUAUCAGGAUGUAAAUAUACAGUAUGUUUGAAAAAUAGUUGCCAUCUCUUUUGAAACUAUUUACGGAUCGCUCUGUAUGAUCAAGUCGUGUUGAAAUUCGACAAUUUGUUCUAAAAUAAUUGCACAAUGAACAAAUUGUAAUUAUUUUUAAAACUUUAGACUUUUACAAUAGAAGUAUAUUUUUGGAAUUAAAUCCAUUAAAUUUUGCACGAUACAUACAUUCUUUUUACUACUUUACACCUAAUUUUCUUUUUCAGCGUGUUUCCAUUGUCAAUUAUUUGAAAUUUGUCUUAUUAGUCACCUACUUCAACUUUGUUCCAAUUCUUAUUUAUCCAAGUGAUGUCUUCCUCUACUUAUAAUCUCUAUUUUAAUUCCCUUUCUCUGUUUUGUUCCUUCCUUUGAGCUUGGCCACUGUUAUAUUUUUUAGUUCUGUUGUCUAUUGUGUUUUAUGAAGUUGAUGUAUCUCUUCCAGUGAUUUCAAGCAUGUAGUUGAAGUACUUGCUAUCUACCCAUUGUUGACACUUUGAUAUCGAUGAUGGUUUCUGAGUGUUUGGAGUAAUUACUCUAUUCAACAAUGUUGUUGCUGAUACUAGAUAACACCAAUUUAUUUGAAACAAUGUGCAUAGAUGCAGUGUUCAGGCACUAAAGUUGAUCAAAAAUUUUAGAUAAUACCAUACUGUAUCUGUAUAAACCCAACCUUGUUACAGUUAUUGUAUUAGACUAAAAUCCCAAUAGAAAAAUUUGAAAGGUAACGCAAACCUAGUACUGAAAGGGGGGUACUUUUUGGUCGAACAUAUUUGUACGACAUACAGAACUUAAGUAGGUAAAAAAAAAUAAUGACAUACUACCUAAUGCCGUACAAAAAUAUAUGGGUAAUAUUGGUACCAGGAGAUGGAAAAAUUUUUGAUUUUCCGAAAAUGUUUACCCCGUUUUCGGUAAUUUGAUAGAGUACGGUAUUUAUAAGCAACGAUUCGGGUUAUUACAUAUUCGCUUUUUUGCAACGCAGUACAUACUGGAACAGGGGUGAGAAAUCUGGGACGUAAAUCCCUGGAUUUCAACUCCCAUUCAUUAAGGUAAUUGAAAAAUAAGGCAUCAAUUUCAAUCGUCUAUUUGAUACAUGAAAAAACUUUUAAGCAACCAUGCCAUCUAAAAAUUAUGGUUCUUAGAAAUACUUAUAAACAAUUUUCUGAAUAAAGGGAAUAAAUUGUUGUUUUUAUCGGUAAGAUCAUUAUUUCCAGUACGGCAACCACUUUUUUGAUAAAUUAUAAACUAUAACAAUGAACUACCUACUCAAGUUCUGAAUGCCGCACAAAUAUAUUCGACUAAAAAGUACCCGCCUUCAGUGCUGGGUUUACCUUACCUGUGUACUCAUCUGUACCGAGGCAUAUUUUCUAAAUUGUUUGGUUACAUAUAGUACUAUUGAUUAAAAAGUGAUUCGUGGUGGCUGAAAUGACCUCUCAAAAUUUUCUAUUGAGCUUGUAGUCUAUAUGUUUAAACAAAAAUUUCCAAAUUAAAAAUACACCUUAUCAGUUCCAAUUAAUAGAGUAGUAUAUUAGUAAUAUCAGUCAUAUAUAACUCUUUAAAUAAAAAUAUAAGAAAGACAAACAAAAUCGCGCUUAAAUUACAUGGUAAUUUUGUACUUUGAAUUUACACCGCUUCUAAAGGAAAGUCGUAGAAUCAAAUCGAAAAACUUCUUGAUAAGUGUAAAUAAUUAUUAAUUUUUCAUGAAAUUGUUUUAAUAAACUUAAUAAAUAAGAAUUUUUUUAUCAAAAUUAGUUUAUAUGUACUCAAAGAACGCAAUAUGGCGCCCUACAGAAAUGUUUAAACUACCUACAAAAUUUUUGAAUUCUCAAUAAUUUUUUUCUUUAUAAAUAUCUAUCAAAUAAUUAAAAGACAAUAUAAUAAAAGUUGUAUAUUAACUAUCCAAAACUAUUUUUUUCUCAAAUUAUGCUUCAUUCAAUACUGGCAGUAGUGAUUUCCAAAUGAAACAACGGCUUAUGUCAAAUUUUGUGUGUAAAUUUUCAAGAUAUAUUUUUUUUUUGUUUAAACAAUUUUUCACAAAUAAUUUCUAGAUUCAUUUAAGUUGUUUAUCAUUACCGCUUUCCUUUACCAUAAGAUUCUUACGUCGCUCCCCUUGUACACUUUUAGAAUAUAAUUGAAGCAUUUCAGUUAACAAAAAAAUAAGAUAUCAGCAAGAUGCUGUGGAAUCUUGGAAAAUAUUUUUAUAGCCGUGUUAUUAAUAUAUAUAUUGAAUAUAUUCGUUUUAAAACUGAUUUUUAUCGAAUUUUUGGGCUUAUAUUGAUUUCUGAUGGUCACAUUUUUUAAAAUUUUUACUGUUUCUAAAAGUGAAACGUGAAAGUUUGAUUUAUAGUCGUAAAUAUAAAAACUGCUUGUCAAUUGAAAUUUGUUGAUCUAUCAGCUCAAUACAUAUUUUUCUUUAUUAUACAAAUUCAAAUUGAAAGUUACUAAAGAAGAAGAAUUAAAAACUUAGUGACAUUUGGAAAAUUGAAUUAUAAAUUUUGCUUUUGUCUAUUAUCAGGAGAAUUAACAUUUUUAUCUAGGUGAAUAAUUUCCAACAAUCUCUUUUUGUAUUUGAUUCUAUUUCGUGUUUUUUUAAUGUUUUUAUAAUUAAUAGUUAUUUACGUUACAAGUCCGGAAAGUGAUUUAGUAUGGUACGAGAUAGAUGUUCAUGGACGAGGCGACGAAGGAGCCGAGUCAAGAAUAUCUAAUCAAGUACCGUAAUAAUAACUUCACGGACGUAUUUCGUAAUAUGUUUUUUUUCAUAGUGUUUUCGGUAAAAAGCAAAAUAAUAUUAAAAAAUGUCAUAUUUGACACUUUUACUGAAACAUAGCUCCUUUGGUAUUGAUUUUAGCAUCCUAUGAAUUUUAUAGUUUUUCUAAAAGAAAAAACAAAAUUUAGGACAAUCAUCAAUUAAUUAAUUCCCUGAUGAUGAAUAAAUUAAAUUAAAUUAAUUUCCACAAUCCGAAAACCAACACGCAUAUGAAAUAUGAAAAAUGUAUACCUUUAAUUAAAAAAAUGAAUAUUUUUUAAAAGAAUCGAAUACAAAGGAUACAGACAAAUUUUAGUUUAGAUAUGAUUUAUAUCAAUAAAAUCAUGAUAUUUAUUAAUGAUAAAAUAUAGUUAAGAAAUUUAAAUAAAAUUUGUAAUUCUAUUUCCUGAAUUUUAACAAUAAAGACAAAAAUAUGUCAUAUAAUUCAAUCAAAUUGUCUUUCGGUAACAGAAUAAUUAACAAGAUGAAAUACAGUUAGGUCCAAGUUAAAUUUGAAGAUUUCAGAAAUCUAUUUUCUAUUUAUUUCUAUCUAAUUUUUUAUGCCACUGUACAAGUUUAUGCUUUGGUAUUACAAUCAUUCACUGACAAUUAUUUCUUUUUUGGAUAGCUCUACAUUAUCACAAUGUUUUGUUCUGAAAAUUCAUUUGUUUUUGUGAAUUUUUUCUAAAAAAAUUAUUUAUACUUACGACUGUGAAGAUCAAAUUCUAAUUCUCAACUUACAAUUCACAAUAAAUAGACCAUUUAAAUAGUAAAAACAUGUUUUGUAUCAAAACUGAAGGGGUUAAUAAGAGAUUGCAGCUUUCACGAAGAAAGCUACACAUUUCUUUGUAUUGAUACUGGAAAAAGAAUUGAGUGGGUGGAUAAUCAAAAAUAUGCUAGUCGAUUUCUUAGAAUAUCUUUUUGAAGACGGUGCUCACUGUUUUUCAUAUGAAAAUCAUAGGUGUGCAACUGCAGAUAAAUAAAUCAAUAAGAUAGUUACAUCCCUGUUAGGCAAUUAUAGUUAAAUACAAAUUGAUGGCACUGAUCAAUAAAACAAAACUUCCUGCAUUAAAUUGAAGAAUUGAAAAAUUUGGAAUUUAUUUAGAGUAUUCUUUACGUAUAUAUGUUACAAUUAAAACGCAUUUUUCGUUAAAACUCGUUUACCCUAGUUAAAACUAAUUUUUACUUGAUGUCUUUGUUAAAACUAGAAAUACCCAGUUAAAACUAGAAUUUACCAUUGAUAUAUUUGAUUUUCAGAUAAAACUAGUUGUCACAUCGAGCUGUAGCUAUAACUAGCAUUAGAAAUUUUAUCGAAAACAAGAUAUAGUUUAAAAUAUAUUUAUUGAAAAGAUCUAAGUGACUGAGACUAUUCUAAUACUAAAGGAACAUUUUAGGGAACAUCGACUUAAAUUAGUUGCCAAUUUUAAGUUGGUAAAUAAAAUUUCAAAAACAAAUAUUGUUAAUCAACAUAAGCAUACAAUAAAAUCUAAUCAGUAAAAUAUAAAUUUAAAAAAUGAUGAGGAUCUACUUGUUAGUGCAAGAGAAAAUAUCGUGGCAUUUUGAAUUAAAAAGAUAACCACUUUUCUUGCAGUGAUACAUUUUUGAUAUACAUCCUUUCUUGCAUAAAUCCUUGCCUUGCUCCUAUGGCUGCUUUCUUAGCAACAGUUCUCAAAGGUAAAUUUAUGUUCGCUACAUCUUUUUCACCCAAAAAAUUUUCUCUACAAUUGUCAAAUUCUGACCUGAAAAGCACAUUUAACUAGUUGGAAUAAAUAUAUAUAAUUAAACUUAAUAAAAAAAUUAAGCAACACAUAGGUUCAUACCUGCAAUCUAAUUUGUCAAGCGUUCCAUAUUUUGUUCCUGUCUGCGUAUGCUUUUGAACAAGAAAUAUCGCGACUUGCAUUGCAACAAGGCAGCUUGACAUGAUGCAAGACAACGUGCAAGAAAUUGGAUGCAAGUUUCUGUAAACAGUAAAAGUAAACAAAUUUCUAACCUCAAAUUUUAUCUAAUAUUUUGUACCUAGUUUAACAAUGAAAAUAACGAAGCUAAGUUUUACAAAAGUCAGCUGAUCUGUUAAGCCAAAAGUAACUAGAUUGCAACUUUCAUGCAAUAAAAAUGGCAGAAAACCGAUAAUGUCAAGAUCUUAUCAUAUUUCGUUCCUGUCUGCGAAUGCUUUUGAUCAAGAAAUAUCGCAUUUUGCAUUGCAUUAAGACAGCUACACAUGAUGCAAUUCCUUACUUCAUAUUUCAUUUAAUAUUUUUUUACUGGUUUAAAAAUGAAAGUAAAAAAGGUAAAGGCCAUUUGACAACAUGCAAGACAAUGUUUGAAUGCAAUUUCUUGCACGAUCAAAUUAUUGCAUGGACGAAUAUUGCACGUCACUUGACAUUAUCCUUUGCCAUUGCGUUAUGAUUACCACUAAGCAAAAUUCCUAACAAAUAACAAAGCUAAAUAAAGGGAAUAAUAAUUAUAUCUGAUGCUGCCUUGCUAUUUCAGUCUCAUGGACCGAAAUGGCACCUAGGCGAUGGUGGGACAAGCAUUAGAAAUAGAUGAGAAAAUACCCCAAAAAAUAUUAGAGAAUAGAUGCAGAAACAUUUGAUAAACUUCUGACGAAAAGGAAUCAUAAAAUAACUAAAAUUAUUGACGGGAGACGUAAUAUCAGCAAACUAGAAAUUCAUUUUUCUCCAUAAUUGCAACUUGCACGUAAUAAAAAUUGCACCAAACCAUUCAAUGUAUUGCACAGUUUACUUAUAAAUCGUAGUAGUAGUAAGAAGACCUAGGACUCUGAGCGAUGGGUUACAAAGAGCCUUCAAAUAGUUUUCAUCCUUUUAUGUUUGUUUAUGUAGAAGUUUCAGGUACAUAUCGUAUUUAUGAUGUGCUCAAAACAAAAUUGAUAUUAUUGUUUUCUGAAAUUAGCAAAGUUUUUAUUAUUCCAAUAACAUGUGAACAUGUCCAUUUGAAGUUUUGUGACAUUGUUUAUUUUAUUUAUAUAUUUCUUUAUCGUCGUCAAGGUAUGAUGUAAGAUGAUUCAUUAUUUGUAAUGUUUUCCCUUCGUUUAUUUCGGUCUAUAUGUUUCUUCAUGGUUAUUAUGUUAUUUAGUCAUUGUUAUUAGCUUGGUAAUUAUUGUUAGUGCCUCUAUUUAAAAGUUUUGUUUAUCGCUUAAGAAGUAUUUUGCUGUAAUUUCAAGUUUAAAAAAAGGUUUUGUCGCUAACUUUGAUUAUUCAAAUUGUUCAUUUUGCUGGUCAUUGGUCACCUGAAGUUGACUGGUACUUUCUAGCCUAAACAUUUAAUAUUAGUGCCUGAUUAUCCGUUUAGCCUACAACCAGAGGUUUGACCAAAAAGUAGGUACAGAAUUGUAUUAAAUAAAUAAAAUAACAAUAUAAAAAUAAACAGCUCAUUGACUCUAAAUAAAUAGACUUUAAUCUCUUUGUUAUAUCUGUGGGGUUAUGAAUUACCACUUAAUCAGGGUUGUACGUGCCCUCUACAAUGAACAUUAUGCAAUGUUGAAGAAAGGUAUUCUAAAAACUAGACUGUUGUUAAAGAGAAAUCAUCUUCUUAUAUAAUAUAAAUUGAAAAAUAUCAUAGUUUUUUUUACAAUGUGUAAAUAAGGUAGAUUUUCUAAUAACACUGUCGAUUUUUUCUUUAUAAGAAAAUCUUUUAAAGAUCAGGUAUUGUUAAUAAUUCUGUAAUUAGUUAUAUAAUUGUUUUUUAAACCUAAACUUAUAAAUAUAGAUAUAUAAUUUUUGUUAUAGAUUAAUAUUUAAUAUAAUAAAACAUGA